UAUCUCGUCGUGGCCGUCGCCAGCAGCGUUCAGUCGUGUGUUGGCCCGUUUGACACAAGCGGGCAUAAGCGCGCUGCUCGCCUAGCUCUGCUGCUCGCAAAACCAGCCCGUAGUAUAGUGCUGCUACAGUGGCUUAGAGCUAGGAUAUCGUGUGCGUAAUAAUUAUCAACUCGUCGUAACGCGCGUGACAAGAGAGCUCGUAAUUGUUGUGCAAAAAGAAAAAAAGCUCAGGGUUCAGCGACAGCUUUAAAAUGGCCAAACAAUUGCAGAGCGUGGCCGCGGUGGCCUGCAUGACCACCUUCCUCAUGCUCUUCAACAUCGCCUUCUUCGGCUCGGGCUUGUUCCUGCAUCUCGGCGGCAUCUACAUGAAGCUCUGGCUGCAGGACUACUUCAACGUCGGCAUGGACGGCCACGGGGGCUACGUCUUCAUAGCCAUCGCCAGCCUGGGUGGACUCGUUGCCCUGGCCGCGCUCUUCGCCUGCUGCUGCGCCGCCAGGCAGCAUCCAGCCCUUCUCUACCUCUACGGAGCUUUUCUCGCGGUGAUCGCGCUGCUGGAACUGGGUGCCGCGGCCUCGGUCUACACCUAUCGCACGACCGUCAUCGAGGGCUUCGAUCGCGCCCUCAACGACAGCCUCCUGGCCUACGGCGUCGACAAGACCAAGAGCUUCCACCUCGACAUCAUGCAGAGCACGUUCCACUGCUGCGGCAACAGGGCAUAUACCGAUUACUUGAAUAUGCAACCCACCAAGAUGGUACCGAGCUCGUGCUGCAGCGUGCAGGAGGGCGAGUGCGACACCACCGACACCGAGGACAUUUACACCGAGGGCUGCUACAACCGAGUGCUGAACUUCAUCAGGAGCAACGUGGGCCUGGUGGCGGGCUGCACCCUCGGGGUGGCCGCCGCGCCGCUGAUCGGCGUGCUGCUCAGCUGCUGCUUGGCGAGCUACAUCAACAAGAUCCACUACGAGCAGAUAUCUUAGACAGCGCGAACGAGUUGCGACAGGAGAUCGAGUGCACAGCAGUAUAAUCAGUCAUACGUCACGUCGAACGCCGCGAGCGGCGGCGCCGCGUCCAAGUCGGCCCUCAAGCCCAGCCAGUUCCGCAGCGAUCUGUGCCGCGACCUGUAUCGGCCGGGGGUCAACGGCGGCGGCAGCGGCACGCCGACCUCCAUGAAGGGCCGGCUGCCGUCUAUCGUCCCGCCCGGGGCCAACGACUGCCCCUACUGUCGGGAGUACGCCGCGGCCGAGAUAAGCGAUCGUCGCCGCUUCAAUUUGCGCACGUUCGAACCGUCACCCUCAUCGCAUCGCAUGAUCCCAUACUGUUAAAUCUUCAUAUCACCAAUCAUCCAAUCAUCAUUCGCCUCGACGAUAUCGAAAGCUCUAAUAAGGCAUCUUCGAUCUUUUUUAGUUUUUUUUAAUCAUCCUAAAGGAGAAUGGGAAUCUACGAAAAUUAAAAAAAAAAAAAAAGAAAAAAAGAAAAGCUCGCUCUAUACAAUAUAUGCAACACAUGUGUAUAUAUUGCGUAAGGAGGAGGACAAGCCGCAAAGCGUGAGACAAACGGUGUACCUUAUGUCAUACUCUCACAAUGCACGCAAAGCGUGUAUGAUUAUAUUUUUCUAAUCACUCAUCUGACGGACGUAAACGACGACGACGACGACGACGAUAAUGACGACUACAAACGACAAAAACAUCAACAAAAACAAAAAAACAUUCAUCCCCGCAACCAUGCUUCAUCUCUUCAUGAAUAUACUGACCCGAACAUCAA